AUGGAUGGAUUUUAUGACCAGCAAGUGCCUUACAUGGUCACCAGUAAUCCGCGUGGGAGAAACUGUAAUGAGAGACCGACAAAUGUCAGGAAAAGAAAAUUCAUUAACAGAGACCUGGCUCAUGAUUCAGAAGAACUCUUUCAAGAUCUGAGCCAAUUACAGGAGACAUGGCUUGCAGAAGCUCAGGUACCUGACAAUGACGAGCAGUUUGUGCCAGACUAUCAGGCUGAAAGUUUGGCUUUUCAUGGUCUCCCUGUGAAAAUCAAGAAGGAACCCCAUAGCCCAUGUUCAGAACUUGGCUCCGCUUGCAGUCAAGAGCAACCAUUCAAGUUCAGUUAUGGGGAAAAGUGCCUGUACAAUGUCAGUGCCUAUGAUCAGAAGCCACAAGUGGGAAUGAGGCCCUCCAACCCACCAACACCAUCCAGCACUCCUGUGUCACCACUGCACCAUGCCUCCCCAAACUCAGCUCAGACUCCUAAACCUGACCGGGUUUUCCCUACUCAUCUCCCUCCAUCCCAAUCCAUUCAAGACAACAGCUUCCCUAUGGACCACAGAUUUCGCCGCCAGCUCUCUGAACCUUGCAAUUCUUUCCCACCUUUGCCUGCAAUGCCAAGGGAAGGACGUCCAAUGUAUCAGCGCCAGAUGUCUGAGCCAAACAUCCCUUUCCCGCCUCAAGGUUUUAAGCAGGAGUACCAUGAUCCAGUUUAUGAACACAACGCUAUGGUUGGUGGUGCAGCCAGUCAAAAUUUCCCCCCUCCUCUGAUGAUUAAACAGGAACCUAGGGAUUUUGCAUAUGAUUCAGAAGUGCCUAGCUGCCAUUCCAUUUACAUGAGGCAAGAAGGCUUCCUGGCUCACCCAAACAGAACAGAAGGCUGCAUGUAUGAAAAGGGACCUAGGCAGUUUUAUGAUGACACUUGCGUUGUUCCAGAGAAGUUUGACGGUGAUGUUAAACAGGAGCCAGGCAUGUACCGCGAGGGACCCACGUAUCAGCGACGAGGCUCCCUUCAGCUGUGGCAGUUCUUGGUAGCUCUUCUUGAUGACCCAUCAAACUCUCACUUCAUAGCGUGGACUGGCCGAGGCAUGGAAUUCAAGCUGAUUGAGCCGGAGGAGGUGGCUCGUCGCUGGGGGAUUCAGAAAAAUAGGCCAGCUAUGAACUAUGAUAAACUUAGCCGAUCACUUCGCUAUUACUACGAAAAGGGAAUCAUGCAGAAGGUGGCUGGAGAAAGAUAUGUCUACAAGUUUGUGUGUGACCCUGAAGCGCUUUUCUCCAUGGCUUUUCCAGACAACCAGCGCCCCUUACUGAAGACUGACAUGGAGCGCCACAUCAAUGAGGAGGACACUGUGCCUCUGUCCCACUUUGAUGAGAGCAUGGUCUACAUGCAGGACGGUGGCUGCUGCAACACCCACCCCUAUAACGAAGGCUAUGUCUAUUAA